AAAUGAAAGCUCAACAAAAGUCAAGUCAAGAAAAUUCACUUCUGAAGUUCUGAAAGCUUUCUGUUCAAUUUCAAGUCAAAGUCAAUACGAAAAUUUGUGUAAUUUUAAUUAAAUUUAAUAAAAAUCUAUUACAAUGACGUUCUGGAGGCAAGCUGGACUGAACUAUAUUCAAUAUUCCAACAUCGUCAGCAAAGUAAUUAGACGUUCCCUUAAAGAAGAAUUCAAAGUAGAUUCCUUGAAGAGGGACGAAUCUUCUGUGAGAUUCACCAACUGGAAAGACGGCAAGCCUGUAAAUAGUGAAACAGCGUAAAUUUAAAAUGCACCUGCUUGAAUCAAAUGGAAGAGAUUUUUUUAAUGAAGUAAUAGUAGUUGAUUUGUUUUUAAUGUUAAGCUUGCAGUUUACUAUGUAUUUGUAAUUUUCUGUUCAAAAUAAAUGUAUUAAUAAGUCAAAUAA